GGAAUGAUCCAAACGUCACCCUGUCUCCCCUCGUCUCUUUCUUCCUUACCCUUUAUCUCAGCUUAAUCCAACAAUUAUAGUAAAGUAUCAGAAUCCCAGGUGUGGGCUGCGUUAAGCUUAGCUGUAUUGACACAAUUUGCAUCCAUUUUUAACUUAUUUUAAUUUUCUUGAUUUUGAGCUUUUCGUUUUUUACAAUUCACAUAAAAGUCAAAGCUGAACACUGUGAAUUUCUCCUAGUCUUCUUGCCUCUUGCGUCACUUGGGCAGCUCUAUUUUUCAUCAUCUUUCUCCUCCUUUUCUGCUCCCGUUUAAACUUUUGGUUUAGUUUUAGCUUCUGGGUCUUGCUCAAAUUCUCAAUUUUACUGGAUUCCAACUUCAGAUUCUGGAUGUUCUUGUAUAAAAUUGAGUUGGGUUAGUUUGAAUUAGUUGGUAGUAAUUCUAAUCAAUAUUUUGAAGCUUCAAAAUCUCUCUCUCUCUCAUUGCUGUUUUUCUGAAUUGGGUUUCAACUAUUAUUUCUUGUAAUUGCUAAUUGUAAGUUGUUUCAGACCCAAACUUCGCCUUCGUGGGCUUUGAUCUGGUAGAUAGUAUUGCUGAAUUAGGGUUUUUUAGGGUAUUUUGCUGACUUCAAUUGUGAGGUUUGGGAUUUGGGAACUGGGUUUGUCAGUUUUAGUUUGGUUUUUGGGGUGAUCACUUUAUUUUCUUCAUUUGGGCAGUUUUUGAAUUCAUUUUUGUGUUGUUGGGGCGCUAAAGAUUCUGUCUCUUCGAACUUUCGAAGGAGUUGUACUAUUUUAUUGGUUAUUCAUCCCGAGUUAGUAGAAGGGGUACUGGAGGUGGUAAUGAUGGUGGUUCAUGGGGAGCCAAAGACUGAGGACUGGAGUGGAAGUUAGAAGGUGUCUACGAACUGGCUGCCGAGUUUUUAUCCUCCAUUACCAAUCUCUAAUACACUGCAUCGAGUUUUCUUAAUAUAAAUCCUUCUGGUACUCAGUCACAAAGCAGUUUACAGAAGAUUCUGGUUUCUAUUUCUUGUGGUAGUUUGGAAAGUUGGAGAGAGUCUGAUAUGGCAGAUGGUAGCCCAAUGACUGAUAUUUCAACAGAUGCAGACACAGAUGAAAGAAACAAGAGGUUUGAUAUCGUUCCAUCAACUCAUGCUGCUUCUGAUUCGAGUGACAGAUCGAAGGAGACUAAAGAUCAGAAGACUCUACGAAGACUUGCUCAGAACCGUGAGGCAGCAAGGAAAAGCCGGCUGAGGAAAAAAGCCUAUGUGCAACAGCUGGAAAGUAGCAGACUAAAGCUGACUCAACUUGAGCAGGAGCUCCAACGAGCACGACAACAGGGAAUUUUUAUUUCAAGCUCAGGGGAUCAAGCUCAUUCAACUGGUGGAAAUGGAGCAAUGGCCUUUGAUGUAGAAUAUUCACGCUGGUUGGAAGAGCAAAACCGUCAAAUCAACGAGUUAAGAGCAGCAGUAAACGCUCAUGCUGGUGAUGCUGAACUUCGAGUCAUUGUUGAUAGUGUCGUGGCACAUUAUGAGGAUAUUUUCAGGCUCAAGGGCAAUGCUGCCAAGACCGAUGUUUUUCAUCUUUUAUCGGGUAUGUGGAAAACACCGGCUGAAAGGUGUUUUUUGUGGCUAGGGGGCUUCCGUUCUUCUGAGCUUCUUAAGCUACUUGUGAACCAACUGGAGCCUCUGACAGAACAGCAAGUGAUUAAUAUUCAAAACUUGCAGCAGACUUCACAACAGGCUGAAGAUGCAUUGUCUCAGGGAAUGGAGCAACUGCAGCAAUCACUGGCAGAAACUUUGUCGAGUGGUUCUCUUGGUUCAUCGGGUUCAUCUGGAAAUGUUGCAAAUUAUAUGGGUCAAAUGGCUAUGGCUAUGGGAAAACUCGGUACUCUUGAAGGGUUUAUUCGCCAGGCUGAUAACCUACGGCAACAAACGCUACAACAAAUGCACCGGAUAUUGACGACACGGCAAUCAGCUCGUGCGCUUUUAGCAAUUCAUGAUUAUUUCUCUAGGUUGCGCGCUUUAAGUUCCCUUUGGCUGGCCCGCCCAAGAGAAUGACAGGUUAUUUAACUCAUUAAUCAGGAGUAGCUUUGUAAAAUGGCUGGCACCAAGUUAUUUGCAAGAACAGCAUGCCAACCCCAUUUGUUCAUAGGCCUGCAAGUCAUAUUUGCCUGUGUUAUUAUCAACACCAUGACCCAACACUUUUGUACCAUAUUUACUGACUAGAGAGUUCUGAGUUCCUCUCAUUGUUUUCCUCUUUGAUGAAAUCAAUGAUGGAAUAAUUAAAUUGGCUUGUAGUUCUGUUAUUGUAUUUAUUAUUAUGGCUAAAAUAUAUUCUUUAAAAAGUAUUGUUCCCAUCUAAUUUGAUUCACUAAUUUUAUGUGAUGCAUUUGUAA